AUUAACUCAUAUAUCUAACAAAUCAAAUAAGGUAAAGUCAUAAUAGUAUUAUGAAAAUGGCUUAUCGCUUCAGCCUAUCCGCGGUGUAAAACCAUAGUGUAAAACAGAUAUAAGACUAUAGGCUGAAGACGACGUCGGGGGUGUAGUUGUAGCUCUCCACGCUGUCGCUCCAGAAAGCAGAGAAUAUCUUUGCUGUCUCAGGGUUGGUUGGCUGUAGCUGCGGGUCGGUCGGUGGUGGUCUGUGAAUGCAUGGUUCCUCCUGAUCCAGCCCGACUUGUAGCCACUUAACCUCAGACACUGGCUGUCAAAACGGCUUCAUAGGCUGCAUUCAAGAAGCACAACCAUGGGCGUGGAAGUUCAGACGGUAUCUCCCGGUGAUGGAAGAACAUUUCCAAAGAAGGGCCAGACAUGUGUUGUUCAUUACAUAGGUAUGCUGCAGAAUGGGAAGAAGUUUGACUCCUCUCGAGACAGGAACAAGCCCUUCAAGUUCAAGAUCGGCCGGUCAGAGGUCAUUAAGGGCUGGGAUGAAGGAGUAGCACAGAUGAGCCUGGGCCAGAGAGCAAAAAUCACCUGCACACCAGACCUGGCGUAUGGAGUGACAGGUCACCCCGGAGUCAUCCCCCCCAACGCUACACUGAUAUUCGAUGUGGAACUCCUGAAGCUGGAGUGAUGCCUCGGGUUAAAUGCAAAGGUUAAGGCUUAAUGAGGCUGCGUUCGCCACGACUUGUUUCCAGGGGAGACCUUACUCUGCUGCUGCCUCCCAACAUCCACCUGCUCUUCUUCUUCUUUGAUUUAUACAGUCUACUAAAGUUCAAUGUUUAAUCAUGCAAAAUACUGCUUUAUUGCCACCUUGUUUAAAAACAUAAUGCAAGAAAGUCUUUCAUUUCUGGUAGUCGGAGAUGCUGUUAUGUUUAAUUUCGUUUAAAGUUGUACAUUUUGUUGAACAAUGGGGAAAUCAAUCAUCUAUUAAAAGGACGUUCAUUACGUUGCAUUCAAAACAUAUACUGCCUUACAGCUUCAGCAACAGAGGAAGGGUUCAAAGGUUGAAAGUUCAUAACUUCUGCUCUAUAUCUUAACCGGGCAUUAUAAAUAUAUAUAUAUAUAUACCACUGUCUGCAUUGCCACUUUGAUAAAGGUUUGUCCUGCUGAAUGCUCUGAAUGAUGUUGCUAUGUUUAGUAUAUUUUAUAUCCCUCAUAAACAUGUAGGCCUACAGCAAGUGUACCCUAUCCAAUCUAACCCAAUCCAAUACUGUACAGAACUCUACAAGAGCCAUUGCUACUACGACCGUUUAUCGACCAACUCUUGAAUAAAAAUGGCAUGUACUGUGUUGAGAGA